GCACAGAAUCGCAACAAGUGGCCCGGGCUUGCUGACAAGCGACACGACCGUCAAGGGUACGCAGCUGCGACAGCAACACACAAAAGAGAAGAGCGAGACGCAGGUGUUGUGAAAGGCCUGUCAUCAGUCUCGGCGGAGGAUUGUCUGAACACCGCGCUUUGAAACAAGCCUGACGUUUGCACCACAAUCGAAAAUGACUGCACAAAAUGCUCGCACCCGUGCGACAUAGACAAAAACAUAGUGAAACUUGGCCGUCUGUAAACGUUAAUUGAAAGGACCGCAAUGAACAGCUGAUAGCAGCUGGCUUCCCGUACACCCUUGGAUAAACGCCCACCUGCACAAGAAACCACGCAACCCGGAGCCCGCUUACGAUCAAUGGGCAACCGAAACCGCAGUUGGAUGCAGAUCGUCUGUCCAGGGGCAAGCGAUCUAUCGUGAUCGACCUCAGGGAGAAGAAAGGGGUUGCUCUGCUGCAAAAGAUGGCCAACAACUCUGACGUUCUACUUGAGGGCUACCGUCCAGGUGUGAUGGAGCGCAUGGGUCUCGGGCCCGACGUGCUCCUGCAGUCCAACCCGCGGCUGGUGUACGCGCGCCUCACGGGGUUCGGCCAGACGGGGCCCUUCUCCGCCAUGGCCGGCCACGACAUCAACUACAUCGCACUUUCCGGCGUGCUGUCCAUGCUGGGCGCGUACGGCCAGAAGCCGCAGCCGCCGGUGAACUUGAUGGCGGACUUCGCCGGCGGCGGCCUGCUGUGCGCGCUGGGCAUCUGCAUGGCGCUUCUCGAGCGGGAGCGCUCCGGCAAGGGACAGGUCAUCGACGCGAGCAUGACUGAGGGCUGCGCCUACGUCAGCAGCUUCCUGUGGCGGACGCGCAGCUCCAAGAUGGCGCUGCCCAUCUGGAUCGACGACCGCGGAGGAAACAUCCUGGACGGCGGCGCGCACUUCUACAACGUGUACGAGACCAAGGACGGCAAGUACAUGGCGGUGGGAGCGCUUGAGCCACACUUCUACAAGAUACUCGUGGAAGGUCUGGGUCUGGACCCGGAGGAGGUGGAGCAGUUCUCCGAGUGGGACAAGUGCAAGGAGGCGUUCGCCAAGUCGUUCAAAAGGAAGACGCAAGCCGAGUGGUGCGCCGUGUUCGACCUCACGGACGCCUGCGUUGUGCCCGUCCUGGACUACGACCGCGCCUGCGAACAUCCGCAGAACGCACACCGGCACGCCUUCGUCGAGUGCAAGGACGGCCCACCGGCUCCCCGUCCGGCGCCCGUACUGUCCCGGACGCCCGCCGAGCCGGACAUGGAGGAACCACUGCCCGGAGAGCACACGAGGCAGAUCCUCAAGGAAUUGGCCGACUUGAGCGACGCCGAGGUGCAGGGACUGAUAGACGACCAGGUGGUCGCGGCGCCCUCCUACACGCUCAAGUCCAAGUUGUAGUUAACGCAAUAAUAUAUACACCCGUAGGCUUUGUCUGGAGGUGGUCUCGGUCACGUGCCUGGGGCUUCCGGUUGAUAGGGUUGAUUGACACUGAAAUGGAGCAAGCCGCAGCUCUCUUUCAAGCUGGGUUUUCGCCUGCGCGCUCACCUCGCUUCAGUCGCAGAGUACGCGGGCGAUAAGCUGAGGCUUCUCUGGGAGGUCCGCCUUACGGUUUUACAGGGACGUGCGCCUUUUAUUCGAAAAGAGAUUUCGCGCUUACCGCUGAUCUGUUCUUGCUCAAGUUUUGCAGCGAGAUCGCAUUUUAUGGCCCGGGUCGUUAAAAAUAACGCUUAGCACUGUUACUUGCCUGAUUUGUCAAGAAAAACUGCGAAUUUGCCUUCGUCUAGCGUGACCACAUCGAACGCACCAGCAAUUAAUGGAAACCAAUCUCGAAGACCAUGCUUUGCCGUGCUGCGAACGGCGGAAGUGACAUAGCUGCCAUGUUUUAAACAUCACCCACUGCGAGGGGCGCACACGAAGGCAAUUUCGCAGUUUUUUUUUUUUCUUGACAAUUAAGUGAGGAAAUUAACAGUGCCAAGUGUUAUAUAUUGAACGAUUGGGACAAUAAAAUGUGACAUCGCUGCAAAACUUGAGCAAGAACAGAGCAGCAGCAGGCGCAAAAUCUGUUCUAUGAUUUUAAGAUAAAAACGCACGUAUACCUGUAGAUACUUUUGUCCCGUGCUACCCGUGAUCAAGCCUAACACAACAGCUGAUCUUAAAACGCAUGGCGCACAUAAAGCAAACUUGUGCCCAAUAUUGCAGUGAAAAAAAGGACUGGGCGCAGCUUCACGGGUGUUCGCCGCCGUGGUCAAAACUGCGCGUAGCGCUGUCGGUAACUCAGGAGAAAGCGUUGCACAAAGCGCAAACUCGUGAAUAACCUUGCAUUCUGGCCACACAUGACGCACCAACAGCCCUGCAGACAGAGUACGAAGAAAUAAAACUACUUUGUUUGGUACGGCGCGGAUGCAAGGUGGGGCUGUCGCAACAGCUUGCGACUGCGUUUAUUAUUAGCAUUCCAACUGUCGUGCAGUGCCAUUGAAAAACUCUCAUUAGGGAGUUUUGGAUAUUGACAGUUAGGGGGCGCAAACAACUGGGCUUUCAAAAGAACGCGAUAAGGUACACAAUUGAACCCCAAAGCUGUACGAAUCAACGCAAGCCGGGCGCGGCGCUUUGCGUGUGCAAAGGUCCCUUUGGGUAUACCAAACCCGUUUGCGUAUACGCAAAAUCUAAAGCUCCCUAUAUUACAUCAACUGACUACUAAUACUUAAGUGCAGUAUUUGGCAAAAUUGUGCGCACUACUAAAGUAUUUUUACGUGCUCUAAGAGACACACAAAAGAGGGCAGGAGAGCUGAUGCCUCUCUUGCAUGUCCUCUUCUACGCGUAUCUUAAUUGUUUUUUUUUUUGUUUUUUUUUUGCGAAUAAGUACUUUACCUCUACCAAGUGAAUGGCAACGGACUUGCCCACUAACAAGUUUUACAGGAGCAGGAAAUUCAAGUGCCUUAACCUAACUGACAGCAUUACAACUGCCUAUACUGUUGCGGGGGCGCAUGUACUGCUUGAAAACGCGUAUUUAGCGUAUGUGCGCAAAUUCUGUAGAGGCGUCAUUUUAAGAGUGUCACAAAUAGAAAAAAAAUGAAAUUUCGCUUAGUGUUGAAACCAACGUAUUUCAAUACGUUCGAGCACAUGGGACCAAGUGCAUCUAAUGUUUUUUUCCUGUACGACUUUACGCCGCCUAUAGUUGGCGGGAUGCUGGUAUGUUGUGCUUUCGUUGGAGAAAGAGUCGCCAGGGGCUGCGAUUACUGCAUAUAUUUGUCUCCAACUACACUUAAACAGUUCGCACGUGCUCGUGGGAGUUGUAUUUUUUAAUUAGAAAAAGUAUGAUGUUCGCCUGGCUAUUGUGUUCUCUGCAUGUCUGUAUAGUUAUGAAAACGACCAUUGUCGCCAAUGUAAUAAAUAUACCUGCAUUAAAGUUCAGUAAACCGUGA